AUGGGAGAACCAAUUCGCGAUAUGCCAUUGGCGAACCCAACCCCGGUCUCUCUUAGUGUUUUGCCUGAGGGACAUGAUGCUUUCCAGCCUUACAAGGUCGAAAAGUUUGACGACGGUCUUAGAUACGACACUCUUCAGGUUCACGGAGGACAUCGACCGGAUAUAGAAACACAUGCUCGAGCAGUCCCAAUCUACAAUAGUGUGUCAUUCAUAUUCACAGAUAGUGAGCAUGCCAAAAGACCAACUGUUGCAGUCUUUGAGAAACGGGCCGCCGCUUUGGAAGGAGGCACCGCUGCUGUAGCCACAGCCUCAGGACAAGCCGCCAUUUUCAACACCAUCAUCGGCUUAGCAGGAGCCGGCGACAACGUAGUAGCCUCGAUCAACUUAUACGGAGGUACAUACAGCCUCUUCAAGACACUGCUUCCACGACUCGGUAUCACUGUGAAGUGGGCCAAACAAGAGACUAGAGAAGAGUUCGCCAAACACAUUGAUGAGAAUACCAAACUCCUAUUCGUCGAGAGCAUCGGCAACCCUCGCUGCAGCAUUCCCGAUCUUCAAGGCUUAGCAGAUGUGGCCCAUGAAAAUCACGUUCCGUUUGUAGUCGACAACACAUUCGGGGCCUGCGGUACAUGGUGUCGUCCCAUUGAAUUUGGUGCCGACAUCAUAUUGCAUUCUGCCACGAAGUGGAUGGGUGGUCAUGGUACCACCGUUGGCGGAGUCAUCAUUGACUGUGGUACCUUCGAUUGGGGCGCAGCCGGUCAUCGGUUUCCUCGGAUGAUCAAGAAGGAUGGCCCAAUGAGCUUUUCAUACUGGAAGGCCUUCGGCAACAUCUCCUUUGCGAUGGCGAUGAGGAUUGACAUCUUGAUGGAGGUUGGGUCGAUAUUGAGUCCAGCCUCAGCACAGCAGCUCCUCAUUGGAAUGGAGACAUUGAGUUUACGCUGUGAAAGACACACCACAAACACCAUGGCCGUGGCUAGAUUCUUGGAAUCGCACCCAAGAAUAGCGUGGGUCAAUUAUCCUGGGCUGGAAAAGAACCAAUAUCAUGAAAAUGCCAAGAAGUACCUCAGGAGUGGGUAUGGAGGCGUUCUCUCUUUUGGCCCUAAGGGAGGGGACGUGGCUAGCAAAAUGCUCAUGAACUUUGUCAAAGUGAUAUCCCAUCAAACGAAUGUUGGAGACUCAAAGACUCUGGCCACCCAUCCCUGGAACUCUACUCACGUCAUAAUGUCUGAGAAGGACAGGAGAGAAGCGGGAAUUACACCCGCAUUCAUUCGAUUUUCAGUUGGGACAGAGGAUGUUCGAGACAUCAUCGAGGAUCUUGAGCAGGCACUGGCGAGGCUGCCAGAUGAUAUUGUCAACGCCCAUGAUGAGCGGUUGGAGGCUAAGCUAGCGGCUGCGACUAAUGGGAAAGCUGCAGCUGAAUCCAUCAACAACGUUGAUUUCAUCGAUGCGGACGUCUCUCUGUCCAAAGCCAAUGUCCCGCUUGGACGUCAGACUGCAGUAGGAAAUUGGUAA